AGGAGCAGGCGGAUCGGGAGGCAUCAUAGAUAUUGUUGGCUUGUCAUCCUUCACCGUCCUAUAUGAGCACCUCAUCAGGUUUCAGGAGCUCAACGAACUCCCCGAAGACUGGACGCCGCAGGACAAGGCAAAGACCCCCGCACUAUCCAUGAGAGAAGAGAUGCUGGUACAAGCUUCAGGACUUGCGGAGCUUGCCACCAGAAUCUGCUCGCAAGAUGACCCAGUUGGCGCGAUUGUGCUGGAGCGGCUCUCUAGCCUAGUGUCACCGAGCGCAAAAGUCACCAUCUUCGACGUCGCACGUGCCGUGAGAAGCUCGGCUCAUUUCAUAAGGAAAGCAAUGGAAGAGGAGGCCCUCUCGCUACGAAAAUGCUGCUCUGUCCAGGGAGGACAUGGCGGACCCGCUGCGCUCACUGCUCUGGGCCGUGGAAUCAAUGGAGAGGACGGCCAAGCUGGCCAAGCGCGUGUCGAACUCGUGUGCUCGCGUCAAGACCUGCACCCUUGUUUCCCGAUUGCACAUCCUAUCCAGUGUCAGAUGCUCCUAGAUAAGUCACGGGCCUACUUUUACUUUGGCAACGAAAAGAGUCUUCGUCUUGCACAGAAGUGCCUCGAGAUGUGCCUGAUGAAGACUGGCUUCUAUAUGAGCCUCGAGGGCGCGGAUCUUGAGGCACACCUUGAUCUCUUCGAGGCCCAAAGGACAGCUCUCGGUAUCAGAUCUGGGGGGGAAGCGAUGGAAAGCUUUCGAGAGAUUGACCAGGUGGGCAGAAGUCUCCUCUUCCAGCUGACCAACACCUCGCUCGACUACUAUUGCCGCAGGAGCAAUUGGGUCCCACGCAGCGCCGUGGGAACGCUAGAAUCGCAAUCUGAGAAAGCACUUCGAGAUCUGAAGAGGAUCGAGAAGCUGUACAUUGCGUAUGCCAAAGCGGUUGAGGAAUUGCAACAAGAUGUCUCGCAGCGUCAGGAAGUUAUCCAAGAAGUCGACACAUCGCAGACCAUGAUCGACGUUCACGUCGAAGAGAUGCGCCUUGUCCUAGAGAAGUUGAGACGGUCAAUCAAGAAUCCCCAAAUAAACCUGGACAUUGAGCGGAUGACCCAGGAAGUCACACCAUUGCUCGAAGAUUUGAGCCACGAAGUCUUCACAACCUUCAAGCUGACACCCACCCAACUGUGUGACGCAGUCAAAGCAAUCGCCGCAGAGCCUUCCAAGUCAACGGCAGCAAAAGAGGUCGGGAAGCUGGCCUGGCAAGGAUUUACCAAAGUGCCAAACGUGGACGGUGUGCUCGUCGACAAAGAUCUCUUGUUCUCCAAGCUCGAGACCGUCAAUGGAAACCUGCGUGACAACCUUCCCAAGCUUAUGGAGGGUGCCAAACUCUCCGAAGAUGGGUUUCUAGUGGGGGAUGAUGCCGCAUCCGCCCUUGUUGUUGCGAAUACGCAACAAAUUGAAGACCUCUUGGCUGAAUUUGGCGGAGAUUGCUUUGGUGGCAAAGCUACUGUUGCAGCUACGAAGUUGCGACAAUAUGUCAAAGUCAUUGGCGAUCGAAACGCCAACAUUGUCCAGUACAAUGUGGUUCUCAAAGAGAUCAUUGACUCACGCGCCAGGAGGAUGGCUCUUGAGGACCGUCGCCUGUCCGCACAAGGAGAGGCCUUCAAGGGCCAGGAUCUCGACCAAAUCUCGUCCAUGAAUAACCUGACGGCGGACAUUCACAAUUACUCUCGCCAGAGGUCCAUGCGCCUGCUCACACUCUACCGGAGAGCAGUGUUCUUCUCCACGCUCUCGGACCCUGAUCUCCUGGCAGUUGGUGGAUUACAGAAUGAUGCUGCUCUCAACCUUUCUGCCACAAAGCUCGAAGAUAUCAAGAACAGACUGCAUGACCAACUUGAGGAGCUGCGCGAGAAGAAGGGCUCAGACGCCCCUCGAUAUCCCGCAGACUACGAGAACGCACCGGGGAAGUUCAUCAACUUGACUUCACUGCAGCUGCAGGAGUUGCUCCAAUACGGCCGGCUACGUGUGACAUUGCCGGCUGUACGGAGAGGGUCCAAGCUGUAUCCUGACUUCAAUGGCCGAGCUGAUGUCCGUGUGUACCGUGCACGCUUUUGGCUCGAGGGCAUCACCAUUCGCGACAAGUCGACGUGGACAGAGGAGGAGAAGCAGGGCGACGACGUACCCGUUAACAUCGGAAUGAAGCACUGCGGCGACAGCCAGUUCACAGACGUGUACAACGAACCCGUCUCCUUCUCACAUGAUGAGAUUACGGUGACCUGGCAGUAUCGCAUUUACUACAAGGCUGCCUCUGCCACGGACCCAACUGUCCAAGUGCCUAGACCUCAGGCUGUUGACUCUGGUGAUUUUGUCAACUAUUCGGCGAUGUAUAAAGAUAACAACGAUGCAUAUGCAGCUCCCAGCCCGUUUGCGACGUGGGUUGUGAGCUUGGAGCAUCUAGACCCUCGCCUGGAUUUGACAAACGUCACUAGGGGCCGGUUUGAGUUCUUCGGUACGAGUCGGGCGUUUGCAUAGCUGUGUUUGGUGAUACUAGUGGUUAAAUAGAACAUCCUGACACUGCGUCUCCGUGAGGACAAGUGGAAUGUCAUUGAUCAAUCGAACGUGGGCGCAGCCUGUCCGUGAACCACAUCCAAGCAGAAA